UUUCACAUUCGUAGACCUCCCCCCUUCUGGCUGCUGCCUACAUGGUUACAUGGUAUGCUAUCUCAAAUGAAGCCGAGACUUCUAAGAAAUUAACCUACAAAAAUACAUCGUACAUACUUAUUCGAGACCCCCAAGGCCACAUCCCUUCAGCCUUCAGCCUUCCAUUCUUCUUCUUACAAGUUACAACCAACUUCGGGAUUCUAUCUCCGAUCAUAAGACCAUAAGAUCUGAAUCUCACCGACUCGAGAUAUCGAUCGAUCGAAACCAUUGAGAAGAAGUAUUAAUGAAGAAGAAAAAAGCGAAUGGGAGAAAAGAGUGAAGAGAAGAGUAUUGAGUUGCCCCGCUACCUAGAUCUCAUUGCACCAGUAUCAAUCGGGGUGUGGCGAUACUGAGGCGCUCAUCCUUGAGCCGCUGUAAUAUCUAGUAGCUCGAAACCGACGCGCGACCUGGAAUUCACACGUUUCCCUACCCGGAUUCCCCUUGCCGAUACUUAGCGGACUUUAUAUAAUUAACCCCUUUAACUAUAUUGCCCCAAUUGUUCUAAUGUCGACGUCAACUGGAGAGGCCCAUGGCACCACGGCCAACGACUCCGGCUCUCAAGAUGCUAGUCCGAACGCCGAUACGAGUCCAUCAGCCGCGCCUCAAAGCCAGAACAAUGACAAUGUUCCUAGACCGAAACGAUUAGCGUGCAUGAUAUGCCGGAAACGCAAGCUGAGAUGCGAUGGCAUUAAGCCUAGUUGUAGCACCUGUACGAGAUUGGGACAUGCAUGCGCAUACGAUGAAGUGAGACGAAAGAGUGGCCCAAAAAGAGGCUACGUGAAGGCAUUGGAAGAGAGGUUAAAACAAGUCGAGACGCUUUUGAACAAAGCCCAGGAGCCGCCGUCGUUCAACGUUAGUCCUGAUACGGCCAAAACUCCCAACGUCACCUUCGAGCAGAGCCGUCCUCAACAACAGGCUCCUCCAACCCCAAACUUCAAUGUCACAAACCCUUCUAUAGGUAUCACCAAUGACCGAGAUAUGGAUCGAUGGCGGUUCAAUGGGGAAUCGCCUCAAGCCAGCGGUGGUUUAGACGAUUUCAAUUUUAAUGGGAAUAUGUCUAUGAAUAUGAAUGGUAUGGAUAAUAGCUUCACGUGGGAGAUGAUCGGCUUGGGAUUAGAAGAACCUCUCCCACCUCAAGAGACGAUCGACGAGCUCCAUCAGAUAUAUUUCGAUAAAAUCCACCCGUCGCUGCCAAUGAUUCACAAAUUCCGAUACCUGGCGGCGAUGAAUCUGGCGCCAAACCAAAGGCCUCCUGUUGCAUUACGGUACGCUAUCUGGACACAAGCCUGUGCUGUGGCAGACAAGUACGCGGACUUGAAAGACCUCUUCUACCAACGCGCUCGUAAAUACGUGGAGGCAGAUUACGUUAAAGGCUAUGGCGAGCACAUGAUUUCAGUAGCUCAUGCCCAAACUCACGUACUACUUGCCUCAUAUGAGUUUAAGAUGAUGUACUUCCCGAGAGCGUGGAUGAGCACAGGUGCGGCUGUGCGCCUAUGCCAGAUGAUCGGACUUCAUAGGUUAGAUGGAUCAGGCCUCGACGUAAAGCAGUGUCUACCACCUCCUCGUGACUGGACUGAGCGGGAAGAGAGGCGGCGGACUUUCUGGAUGGCUUUCUGCCAGGACAGAUACGCCAGUAUUGGAACGGGUUGGCCUAUGACAAUCGAUGAGCGAGAUGUGAUGACCAACUUGCCUUCUUCGGAGGAGGCAUUCGAAAUGAGCCGACCGGAACAAACACAGUCACUUGCGGAGUCCAUGUGCCCAGCUGGAGCCGCAAAGCUCUCGUCAUUCGGAGGCAUUGUCCUAAUGGCCUGUCUAUUUGGCCGGAACCUCGUUCAUCUCCACCGACCCGACGCCGAUGAUCGCGACCAUGACCUCAACGGAGAGUUCUGGAAACGUCACAGAAAUAUGGAUAAUAUUCUCCUAAACACCUCGCUCUGUCUACCUAACCACCUAAAGCUUCCUAUCGGACUUGCCAACCCGAACAUUGUAUUUACUAAUAUGAAUAUCCACACUUCGACAAUCUGUCUUCACCAAGCCGCCAUUUUUAAAGCGGAUAGGAACAAACUCCCGCCCUCUGUUAGCGCGGAAAGCAAAGUUCGCUGCAUCACGGCGGCGAAUGAGAUCGCUAGCAUUAUGAGAAUGGUGUCACACUUGGACUUGUGCGCCAUGAACCCGUUUAUAUCAUUCUGCCUAUAUGUUGCUGCACGGGUUUUCGUACAAUACCUAAAAAGUCGGCCAGACGAUAGCCAAACAGCGGACUCGCUACGAUUCCUCCUCGCUGCCAUGAACGCGUUGAAGAGAAAGAACCCCUUGACCGAAUCGUUCUUGGUGCAAUUAGAUGUCGACUUGGAAGCAUUGGGGACGAGGAUACCCAAACUCAAGACUGCCUUCCCAAGGAGUGCGGAUAGUCCCGGUUCCGGCAUCAGAAUCCCAAAGAUGGGUAAACAUGAUGCAAAGCACUGUGAGCCCGAAAAUGGCAGCGCUGGUGGAGGCAUUCUCGCAUAUCGCCACGCGAAUAUAACAACGGACAACCCGCCAAGCAAUACAAAUAUAGGCCAGUGCGAACACCCGAAUCCGAUAAGCGGCAGGCAGGGGUCAGACGAUUUCACGGGCCAGAACUGGCUUCCGAGGGACCAACAGAUGCCUACGCGCGAGCGGAGCGCACUUCCGGACCAUUGCAACCAGGAAAUAAUCCCGCCCAUCUUAUACCCGGGAGGGUAUGUGGACGCUGCGGGGAGCGACUCGAACGAUCUGUCGGCAUCUUCGAACACUAACGGCGCGUCAAACCAACCAACCCCGAACUCGAGCAGUGGCUCGGAUAACCGUCAGAGUACAAAUGGCGGCGGUCAUAUAGGGAACCCGAGCGGUAGAACGUCAUUUGAUACCAGUCCUGUCGGCUCCCACCAAAAUCUAAGCUCGCAAUCAGACAUAGAUGCAACGGCUUUCUUUCAGAUGGGCGGUAGCGGCAUGGGCAUGACUCCCGAACAGUCCUUCGGCACGGUGGACCCGUCUGGGAACGGCUUCACGAUGCCAAAUAACUGGCCUGGGCAGACAGGUACUGGUACUGGCAUGACACCGGUAGCAGAGGGAGUGCUUCAGCAUCUGAUGGAGAUGCGAAUGGAGUUGUGGGAUUCGGGUCCGUAGGGUUCAUGAGGGUUUAUGGCUAGUCAGGGAAUUCCCCCGAUCACGGUAUCUUUUUAAAAAAAAAACGAAAAGAUAGGGGUAAGAUGGAUACACAGGAUUUAUGCUGGGUUGGGUAUCUAUCAAGGGAUGUUACAUGCUCACCUUCGAUGCGGAGGUAACGCUCGUUCCGAGCUGUAUAGGACACAAGUUAUGACAUGACGUGGAUGGCGUACUGGUUGUACUAUUAGAUAUGUACCUACUUAGGUGACGGGGCGAAUCCCUCCUACCUCUAUACUCCAAUCUCACACAUGAAAUAGUAAAAUAUUUAUGCAAUGUACACAGGUAUAUACGCAAAGAGUAAGGUGGAA